GCUUGACCUCUGAUCCAUUUCAUCACCCAACCCUCGUCUCGCUGCUCGUCAUGGGGAAAAGGAGCGGGAAAGCUCGUCGAGCCAUCGAAGAUGACGAAUUUUCAUCCAGCGACGAUAGCAGCAGCUCGCGCGAGGCAUCCACCUCCAAGCUGGGUGGGAAGCGCGGUCGCCGGACGAUGCAUGAUGAGGCCAACCUUGGAGCCUUCGGGGAUGACGACGAUCACGAGCGGAGAGGCAGUCGAAGGGCUACUUCCAGCCGUAGUCUACUCAAAAGGCAAGCAUUUGUUCCGGCAUCGUCUUCGAAACCGAUUGCAGAGGAGAACGAGCGACAGGGCGAAAGCAGCGCGUCCGAGUCAGAUGGAGAGGAUGCUCUGAUGAAGGAGGCUCAGCAGACACGAGGGGAGGACGAGCUCGACGACGAUGCCGCUUUCAAGCCUGCAUCAUUCUUUUCAUCACGAGCACAGAGGGAUCGAAUGGAUGAGGAUGCCGACGACGAGGAUGCUUCAGCAGCAAGGCCCGGUAUAGGUGGACGAGGCGGUAUUGGCAGCAGCAGCUCGACUGCCUCAACUUCAAGGGGAGGCAUAGGCUCAAGAGCGCCACCAAUGUUUGCUCCAGCAUCUUCUUCCAGCUCUACACCAUCUUUCGCUCCAGCAGUCUCCUCAUACUCAUCUGCUCCGUCCUUCCAGCCACCCUCCAUCCCCACGCAAGCUCCCUCCUUCACCCCAUCAACCCUCCAAGACGCUGGCGUCCCAACUUCCUUCGGCGCCGCUCCCCCCGUCGCUCCCUCGGAUGCCUUUAAGCGCACUCCAGCCAAAGGACCAUCGAAGCGCUCUUUCCUCAUGCCGCCGCAAACAGACAUUAAAUUCGGCACAGGCUCAGGCGGCGGAUUCAACCCUGCGGCCUACCUUGCCUCCAUGGGCUGGGAUGGUGGCGGGCUGGGAGAGAAGGGGGAUGGGAUGGUGAAGCCCAUCGAGGUGCAGCUUCGCCCAGAACGCGCAGGUAUCGCCUUCGGUGGCAGGAGGGAGAAGACGAAGCAAGCUCGCGACGAGGCUAGAAGACGAGGGGAGGAGGUCAGCGAGAGCGAGGAUGAGAAGGCUGAGCGAAGGCGGAGAGAGAAGAAAGCGGGGCGAGGUGUUGGGAAGGAGGCCCGCCAACAAGAUGCGGCGGAUUUGCGCAAGGCUUGGACAAAGGAGCGUAAGCCUCGCAAGCCGAAGGUGGAGCAUCGCACCUAUGAGGAGAUACUGGAGGCUGCAGGUGGGCAGCCGGAGCAGAAUGUCGGGCAGAUCAUCGAUGCGCGUAGCAAGGAUCUCAAGGAGGUCUCCUCCCUCGCCUCUGCUCUUGCGCACCAUCCUGUCCCCACGAGCGAUUCGAUGCGCCUUCCAGAGCUGCGUCACAAUCUCCGGCUCAUUGCAGAGAGCAGCAAGAACACACUCGAUGGGCUGGCGAAGGAGGGGACGGCAAUCCUUGACAAGCGUAGAUGGCUCAAGCGCGAGCAGGAGGAGAGCACGCGUCGAAGCACAAAGGCGAGGCAAGAGAUUGAGCGGCUGGAGAAGGUGCUUGCGGUAGUCAAGGAAAUUGAAGCCAUCGGCAAGAAGAGCAUGGCGGAUGCGUCGGUCGGGCUGGCCGACUUCGACACUGCCGUUGCAGCCAUCCAGUCAGCAAGCAAGCAUGGAGCGCAGGACAUGGGACUCGACGAGGCCGUCGUUGGUGCCAUCGCGCCUUGCUUCAAGAGGAUCAUGGUCGCGUGGCACCCUCUCGAGGACGGGGAGGCUGGGCAGAGUGUGCAUUUCCUCACACGAUGGCGACGUGCUCUCAACAUACCCGCCGAGAGCUCCAGUGAUGCUGAGGGCAAGUCGCUUAUCGAUCGCUCAGCACCCCAUCGCCCCAGCACUACCUCAAGCGCGGCAGACGAGAUGUCACCGCACGGCUCUCUCCUCUACCACCUCUGGCUUCCCAAAGUCCGCUCAGCGAUCAACAAUGACUGGAAGCCUCACCAUCCUACCGCCGUCGUUGCCCUUCUGACAGCAUGGCGUCCACUCCUCCCGCGGUACAUCUGGGACAACGUUGCAGACCAAGUCCUUCUGCCUAAACUGCAGCGCGCCGUCAGCGACUGGGAGCCGAAGGCGGCCAAGGCUUCGUUGCACCAUAUUAUCUUCCCAUGGCUACCCUUACUCGGAGGGGAAGACGGUGGUCGAUUGGACGAGGUGAUGGGCGAGGCACGCAGGCGAUUACGCGUGGCAAUCAAAGCCUGGCAACCCGGCGCCCUCGCUGAGGCCGACGAAGCGCUUCGUCGUGAGCUCAGCCUGUGGCGCGAAUUCUUUCCCACCCACCAGGACUUCGACUCUCUCCUCCUCACCGCGCUACUCCCAAAGCUUUCCUCCCAUCUCUCCUCUACGCUCAGCAUUAACCCGUCCGCGCAAGAUCUCGCGCCACUGCAGCGUGUGCUGGCCUUCAAGUCCCUGCUACGCAGCAAGAUGCUCGCCCGCCUCCUCGAGGCCGAGUUCGUGCCGAAAUGGCUGGACACCCUCUGGCUCUGGCUCCGUCAGCCUGGAGUGGACAUGGGCGAGGUGGCGCAGUGGUAUUCUUGGUGGAAGGCGUACCUAAGCGAGGAGCAAGGCCUGCCAAUUGGGGAUGAUGCGAGCGGGGGCAGGGCGGAGGCGUACAAGGGAGUAAAAGCAGGGCUUGUACAGGGCAUUGCACUGAUCUCAACGGCGCUCGAGAUGGAGGAAGGAGAGAGGGGCCAGAAACUUGCCAAGCCAGAGUUCAAGCCGAGGCGCAAUGAGGGCAAGAGCGCGAAGCCCACGGCGACGACAAAGCAAGCACGGCCCGCUGCGGCCUCCUUGCGCGAGGAGGACGACGACUCCUCGUCCGCUUUCCGUCGCAUCGUUGAAUCCCGCCUCUCUGCGUCCGACGUACUCUGCUUCCCCCUCGGGCGGGCACAUGAGCGGACCGGCCGCCCCUUGCUCAAAGCGAGCGCGACUGCGACCACUGGUGUGGGAAGCGGAGGUGUCACUUUCUACCUCGACGACGAUGUUGUUUGGGCUGAGGAGCGUGUGGAGGGGAGGAAGGAGUACGUGCCCGUUGGUGUGGAUGAGCUCAUUGCGCGGGCAAAGAAGAGUGACGGGCCGGCGGGAAGGACUAGGAGGUGAGCCGCAGCCGCAGACACGCGAACAAGGCUGGGUGCAAUGCCAUUUGCUGCCAAUCUUCGCCGCGGCGUGAGAACGGCAAAACGCUCGGACCGCUCGGCCGGCACGCGUCUUCUCGGCUGAGGGACGCUACUCCAAAGUACUUCUAGGCGUAGUGAAC